GUUUCCGGGGCUCCCGGGGGCCGCGCCGGGGGGAGCGGCCGGGCCCGGCGUGGGGGCGCCGCCGACCUCACAAAGCGCCCUUCCCCGGCCCUGCCGGGCCCGCACCCGCCGCCCGGUCCGGGCAGGGCCGGCGACCCCCGGGCGUGCCGCACUCGGCGUUGGAAGUUGUCAGGGCCCGGGGCUGGGGGCUGGGGUGGCCGGCGGGGCCCCGCGUCCACGCCUCCGUGCCCGGCCACCCCCUGGUUCCCGCGUCCGAAACGGGGGGCCCGCUCGGGGUAGGGCCCCCCUCCUUGCCCUUCUCUUGGGGUCUGAGCCCGGGUCGCUGCCCCGCUGGGCGCUCGCUGGCCCCGAGUCGGUGCCGUGUGCAGGGUCGGAUCCCCGGAGUGCGGGUCCGGGGCCACCCCUCCCCUUGCCAGCUGUGCGUGCGUGACGCCCCUCUGGGAGCUGCUGCCUCCGGGCUCGACGCCCAGCUGCUGCCAGUCCCCCAUGGCCCCGUGGAGCCGCGAGGCGGUGCUGAGUCUCUACCGGGCUCUGCUGCGCGGGGGCCGGGCGCUGCGCUACACCGACCGGGGCUUCUACCUCGCCUCCGUCCGCCGUGAGUUUCGGAAGAACCAGAAGCUCGAGGACCCCGCGGCCCGGGAGAGGCAGCUGGAAAAGGGCCUGGUCUUCCUUCGCAGCAAACUGGGGGGCAUCAUCUAG